UUGUUGUAUGUUAAGGAUUCCUACUCAACAUCAAUUUUUAUUGCAGUUACCAAAAGAAGUGCAAAUUGCAUUAGCUCGCCUCUGUAGAAUAUUUUUUCAUUAGGGUUUCGAUCGGUGUGUCGUGACAUCGGUUUAUUUACGUGUCUCUUGGGAUGUGUCUUACUCUCUCAAUUUUUCUUCCAUAAAAACAAAUGCAAAUAAUGGAAAAAUUAUACUGAAAGCAAAUUUCAAGAAAACAUGUUUAUUUCCUUUAAAGAAACCUAAAGGAUUUACCUGAUUCAUCUUAAGAUUCGUCAUGAACUACAACAUGCUAGGCAGUCUGCAAUUUGUCCUCGCCUUAUCUGUCCUAACGGUGCUUAUACAUUGGACAAGUGCAAUAUUUUCAGAUGAGUUUCCACCUUAUCGUUCACCGUCAUCGGAAAUUGUUACAAAAAACGAGAUGUUGCCUACAAAUAAGCGAUAUGCCAUGCUGUCGUAUAAUUUUGGAAAUAACAGACGAUAUUCACCAAGUUAUUCGCAACGAAGAAAUACCUACUUCCCUAAAAGAAGAAGGUUUAAUUCCUAUUGGCGACCAUGGGAAAGUCUUCCAAACAUCAACUGCUAUCGUCAGAGGUGCUCUACAUCCUCGGACUGUUGUCGACGUCAUAAUAUUUGCGAUCCCUACGUAAAAGUGUGUCAUGAUUGUUGGCAUGGUUAUAAAUGUCAAACGUCUAAUGACUGUUGUAGUCGAUAUCCAUACUGUCACCCCCAUAAAAAAGAAUGUUAUAAGUGAUGAAUACCGGCUUCCCUCUGUCCACCGCUGCGACGUAUCGAUAAUCAUCAGAAUUAUGAUCAAUUUAUUUUUUUGUGCUGCUAUCAUUUUCAUAAUAAAGCUUUAAAUGGCAACAUCAA